UUAUUUCUUCUUUCUCUUCCAGGGAAAGGAGCGUUCUACGGAGCCACAUUUCUCAUGAUGAGAAACAAUCCAACAUUGAGAGGAUAUUGAAGAAUUUGGAAUUCAAAAGCGAAGUAAGGAAACCAGUCAUAUAAAAGGAAGAAAUGCUCUGAAGUUUCUGAUCUUGCUGAGCUCUUCACUGCAUUCACAGUUCAGAAAGAGGAAAAAGAGUCAAGUGUCUAUGUUGGAUUUUAAAGUAAAUAUCACUACAAAAAUGGAGAAGAAAGCAUAUCAGUGUUCUGAAUGUGGAAAGAGCUUUAGUCAGAAGAGACCUCUGCAGUUACAUGAAAGAAUUCACACUGGUGAGAAACCCUACACAUGCCUGGAAUGUGGGAAGAGCUUCACGAAGAGUGGAAAUUUGCAUUCACAUCAGAGAACUCACACUGGGGAGAAACCCUAUACAUGCCGGGAAUGUGGGAAGAGCUUCACUCACAGUGCGACUCUACAUACGCACCGAAGAGUUCACACUGGGGAGAAACCCUAUGAAUGCUUGGAUUGCGGAAAGAGCUUCACUUACCUUGGAGAUCUACAUAAACAUCGGAGAACUCACACUGGGGAGAAGCCCUAUGAAUGCCAGGAGUGUGGGAAGAGCUUUGCGCACAGUGGACAUCUCCAUUCACAUCAAAGAAUUCACACUGGGGAGAAGCCCUUUAAAUGUCUGGAGUGUGGAAAGAGCUUUGUUGAGAAUGGAAACCUACGUUCACAUCAAAGAACUCACACUGGGGAGAAGCCCUAUGAAUGCCAGGAGUGUGGAAAGAGCUUUGCGCAUAGUGGACAUCUCAAUUUACACCAAAGGACUCACACUGGGGAGAAACCUUAUCAAUGCCAGGAGUGUGGGAAGAGCUUUGCGCACAGUGGGCAUCUCCAUUUACAUCAAAGGACUCACACUGGGGAAAAACCCUAUGCAUGUCUGGAAUGUGGAAAGAGCUUCACUCACAGUAUAAGUCUACAUAGACAUCAAAGAACUCACACUGGGGAGAAACCCUAUCAUUGCCUGGAGUGUGGAAAGAGCUUCGCAUGGAGUACACAACUACAUUUACACCAUAGAACCCACACUGGGGAGAAAAUCUAUAAAUGCCUGGAAUGUGGAAAGAGUUUCUCACAUAGUGGAAGUCUACGCAAACAUCAUAGAAUCCACACUGGGGAGAAACCCUAUAAAUGCUCGGAGUGUGGAAAGAGUUUCUCACAGUGCGAAGGUCUACGCAAACAUCAUAGAAUCCACACUGGAGAGAAACCCUAUAAAUGCUCGGAGUGUGGAAAGAGUUUCUCCCAGAAUGGAGACCUACAACAACAUGUAAAGACUCACACUGGGGAGAAACCCUAUACGUGCCUGGAAUGUGGACAGAGCUUUAUUCAGAGUUCAAAUCUACGUUCACAUCAAAGGACUCACACUGGGGAGAAACCCUAUACGUGCCUGGAGUGUGAGCAGAGCUUUACUGAUGGUUCAAGUCUACAUAGGCAUCAAAAGACUCACACUGGGGAGAAACCCUAUACGUGCCUGGAGUGUGGACAGAGCUUUGCUGAUCGUUCAGGUCGACGUAGGCAUCAAAGGACUCACACUGGGGAGAAACCCUAUACGUGCCUGGAGUGUGGACAGAGCUUUGCUGAUAGUUCAGGUCUACGUAAGCAUCAAAGGACUCACACUGGGGAGAAACCCUAUACGUGCCUGGAGUGUGGACAGAGCUUUACUGAUGGUUCAAGUCUACAUAGGCAUCAAAGGACUCACACUGGGGAGAAACCCUAUAAGUGCCUGGAGUGUGGACAGAGCUUUGCUGAUAGUUCAAGUCUACGUAGGCAUCAAAGGAUUCACACUGGGGAGAAACCCUAUACAUGCCUGGAGUGUGGACAGAGCUUUGCUCGUUAUUCAUAUCUACAUUCACAUGAAAGGAUUCACACUGGGGAGAAACCCUAUACAUGCUUGGAGUGUGGGCAGACUUUCACUCGUAAUUCGAGUCUAUGUAAGCAUCAAAGGACUCACACUGGGGAGAAACCCUAUACAUGCCUGGAAUGUGGUCAGAGCUUCACUCAGAGUUCAAGUCUAUGUAGACAUCAAAGGAUUCACACUGGGGAGAAACCCUAUAAAUGCCUGGAAUGUGGUCAGAGCUUCACUCAGAGUGGAGGUCUGCAGACACAUCAAAGUAUUCACACUGGGGAGAAACCCUAUAAAUGCCUGGAAUGUGGACAGAGCUUCACUGUGAGUGGCCAUCUAUGUACACAUCAAAAGACUCACACUGGAGAAAAACCUUAUAAAUGCCUGGAAUGUGGUCAGAGUUUCACUCAGAGUUCAAGUCUACAUUCACAUCAAAGCAUUCACACUGGAGAGAAACCCUAUAAAUGCCAGGAAUGUGGUCGAAGCUUUGCUCAGAUUUUAGGUCUACAUUCACAUGAAAAGACACACACUGGGGAGAAACCCUAUUCCUGCCUGGAGUGUGGACAGAGCUUUGCUGAAAGGUCAAAUCUACAUAGACAUCAAAGGAUUCACACUGGGCAGAAACCCUAUAAAUGCCUGGAAUGUGGUCAGAGCUUCACUCAGAGUUCAAGUCUACGAAAACAUCAAAGUAUUCACACUGGGGAGAAACCCUAUAAAUGCCUGGAAUGUGGUCAGAGCUUUGCUCAUAAUACAAAUCUACGUAGACAUCAAAGGAUUCACACUGGGGAGAAACCCUAUAAAUGCCUAGAAUGUGGACAGAGCUUUGCUCAUAAUUCAAGUCUACAUAAACAUCAAAGAACUCACCCUGGGGAGAAACCAUGUAUAGACGUAGCAUAAAGUCAUAGAAUCAUAGAGUAAUAGAGUUGGAAGAGAUGACAUGGGACAUCCAAUCCUGCUUUGAUUUUAUAAACUUCAUGUGCUUUUAUGG